UAUCCAAGGGCCGAUAAGAUAGCGGAAAAGUUCACACUGUAAAUAGUUGAAAACACAUUCUCACCCAUCUAACUUAUUUAUACCAGCCCACCGGCCGCCUCGGUCCCGCAACACAACGGCGAAACGCCUGGCAAGAUUUUCCUCAAACCCCGUUAAGGUGCCGAGGAAUAGGAGUCAAGUUAGGUCCAAGUCGAGCUGGAGUCUCCGGCCUAUUCCAAUCACCGCUGCAUCCAUUCCGUUUCUGUUUCUGUUCUGUUCAUCAUCAUCUGUACAGCUUCCUGUAGUGCCUUGCCACAACCACGCCUCCUGCUGAUGUGAGCGUUGUUAUCCUCCCUGGUUGUCUUUCACUCAGCAAACUCGGCCUUCCCUCCCCACUGCAGCCCCCCGUGUCUCCCCGUGCCUCUUUACUCCGUGAGGCUCACGUUGACCCGUCGCCAUGUGUGACAACGGUGACCCCGAGGACAAACCCCCCGCCCCGCCAGUCAGGAUGAGCAGCACCAUAUUCAGCACCGGCGCCGGCAAAGACUCGCUGUCAACGAAUCACAGCUCCAAACCCCUGCCGUCUGUCCCAGAGGAGCGGAAACCUCGCAACAAGAUCAUCUCAAUCUUCUCAGGGGCUGAGAAAGGUAGUAGAAAAAAAGAUCGAGACAAAGAGCGCCCAGAGAUCUCGCCACCUUCGGAUUUUGAGCACACCAUACAUGUUGGUUUUGAUGCUGUCACAGGGGAGUUCACUGGCAUGCCAGAGCAAUGGGCUCGUCUCCUCCAGACCUCAAACAUCACCAAGUCAGAACAGAAGAAAAACCCACAGGCUGUUCUUGAUGUUCUUAAGUUCUAUGACUCUACAGGCAAUGGCCGUCAGAAGUACCUCAGCUUCUCAUCUUCUGAAAAAGAUACCUACACUCCAGGGCCACAGUCUCCCGUCAAAAAAGGCACUGAACCUUCAUCACCAAAUAUCAAAGAUAUUGAUGAUGAUGAUGAUGAUGAGGCGCCCCCUCCUAUCGUGGCCCCACGACCAGAGCACACCAAGAGUGUGUAUACUCGUUCUGUGAUUGACCCCAUCCCUGCGCCAGUCACAUGUCCUGACGGAGAUGUUGCCUCCAAGUCUGCCGUGGACAGGCAGAAGAAGAAGGGCAAGAUGUCAGAUGAGGAGAUUAUGGACAAACUGAGAAGCAUCGUUAGCAUUGGAGAUCCAAAAAAGAAGUAUACAAGAUAUGAGAAAAUUGGCCAGGGGGCUUCGGGAACAGUAUUCACAGCCACUGAUGUUGCUACAGGACAGGAGGUUGCCAUCAAACAGAUUAACCUACAAAAGCAGCCAAAGAAGGAGUUAAUUAUUAAUGAAAUCCUAGUGAUGAAGGAGUUGAAGAAUCCCAACAUUGUCAACUUCUUAGACAGCUUCCUGAUGGGGGAGGAGUUGUUUGUGGUGAUGGAGUACCUGGCUGGUGGCUCACUUACAGACGUGGUAACAGAGACUUGUAUGGAUGAAGCCCAAAUAGCUGCUGUCUGCAGAGAGUGUUUACAAGCACUAGAAUUCCUGCAUGCAAACCAGGUCAUCCACAGAGACAUUAAAAGUGACAAUGUUUUACUAGGGAUGGAUGGUUCUGUCAAGCUUACCGAUUUUGGCUUUUGUGCCCAGAUCACCCCAGAGCAGAGCAAGCGCAGCACCAUGGUAGGAACUCCUUAUUGGAUGGCUCCUGAGGUGGUGACUCGAAAGGCCUAUGGGCCUAAAGUAGAUAUUUGGUCCCUUGGCAUCAUGGCCAUUGAGAUGGUUGAAGGAGAGCCUCCCUAUCUGAAUGAGAAUCCACUACGAGCACUCUAUCUUAUUGCCACCAAUGGCACCCCUGAACUUCAGAACCCAGAGAAACUUUCUCCAGUUUUCAGAGAUUUCCUCAACCGUUGCCUUGAAAUGGAUGUUGAAAAGAGAGGCGCAGGCAAAGACCUGCUACAGCAUCCUUUCCUGAAACUGGCAAAGCCCCUCUCCAGUCUCACACCUCUCAUUUUGGCUGCCAAGGAGGCCAUGAAGGGCAAUCGUUAGUUGAACAACCAACCCACUUUGCCUUCCCCAUGCUGUGCACAGCUAUGUGCCAACUAUUUAGGUUUUGUACCAGACAAUAGGCUGACAGUGACUAUUCACUCUUGAUGCACCAGCCUUAUAUAAAGCCCUGACAAACCUCACUGUGAAGAAGACCAAAAAAUUGGAGCACCAUGACACCGCUGUCCACAUGAACUCUAUAUUCACUCAGAUGUCAGAAGACAAGUCAAACAAAAGUGCUUAGUUUUAAGAGUCAGGCUUAGUUAUUUUGUACAAAAAACUUUUUGGUGACAAGGCCUAGGCUUAUAUUUAACUUGGAAUGAAGAAGAUGCCUAGUUCUAUUUAGUUUUUUUUUCUUUUAAAUCGACUGCCUUAAACAAAUGCAAAAUGUUGCCUAAUUAUGUUGAUUGUGUCAGUCUCUUUUCCCAUGAUUUUUACUACCUUUAUAAUUGCCUUUUCAGCUUAUCAGUGUCUUAGUCAUUUUGAUACUUGAAUUUCAUACGUGUCCCUUUUUACUGUUAAUGUGAUGGGUCUCGUUCAAUGAAAACUCUUAUUUCCACAUCGACCCAUGGUUUAUGGACAUUUCUCGUAUCAGUUAUAGGAAACACAUAAUACAUUUCCAUCAUCAGAAAGCGUUGUCUAUGUUGAUAGUGAUGAUAAAGUGAAAGGGUUGCCACAUCUGACAAUCCUACUGGAUCAGUGUUUUAACCCCCUGUAUCAUUAGCCUCUUGAUAGUAGAGGUGCACCUUACAGGUAAAUUAAAUGUUAGAUUGACAGGGUUUAUUCUUUCUUUUCUAUGUGUAUAUUGUGUACUUUUAAAAACUAGUUGGAAAAACGGUGGCUAUGUCAUGCUGGAAUAGCCCAUGAAAAGGUCGUAGGUAAAGGCAAUGUAUAUUUUACUGUUUCUUUAUUUUCCUUUCUGGAUAACUAACAACCUUGUCUGCGCACUCAAAUAAAUGCAGCUGUCCCGCCUU